CUGGAAGCUAAAGAUUGCGCGGAGGUUGGUUUUAUUACUAGGCACCUUCUUUCCUUAAACCUCACAUUCGACGAUAUCUCUUCUCAACCACGUCGCUUUACUACACGAAAGCAAUUGAAUCGGCAAGACUUGGGUCAUACGGACAUCCAACAACAUUCGAUUUAUUUGCGACACCAGCCUCCGUAUUUGUUCUAAAGUUUGAUACUUAUCUUUCCAAUUCAUUCGACUUUCGCGACAUUUUCUAAUCAGACGAAUAUCGGAUUAGGUCUCUUAUAAAGGAACCCAAACAACCCCACGAUGGCGGCAAAUAUACCUGCGAAGCUCAAACAGGCGGGCAUAACACCCUUUAUCCUACGCGCAACGCAACUCGAGGCUGCGAGGCCGGUCCUCUCCUACUGGUGUUACUACUGGGCUGUCAAUCAGAUCCUUGCCAAGGGGCUUCACUCCAUCGAUGACGACUGCCACCAAUUUACUACGAACCUGAUGGAAAAGUUGGAACAUAUUAAAGAAGGACAAGUUGGAAACGAUGCCAUCCACGAUGAUGUAGCUGGCCAAGCAUACGUGGAACAAUUUGCACAAGAGACUUUCGACAGAGCACUUCGACCGUUGAAAGCCAACAAAGUCACACAACAAACAGCGAGCACCUUCGAAGCCGCAGCUACAUUCUUCCAGUUAGUUAAUAUUUGGGGACCAGCUGAUGCAGAGACGCAAGGGAAGAUCAAGUACGCGAAGUGGAAUGCCGCGCGCAUAUUGAAGGCUAUCAAGGAGGGCAAAGACCCCAAUGAAUCUAACCCGAAACAAGAGGAGGCGAGGCAGGAAGAGGCGCUCGACCCUGACGAUCCAGAAGUGCAGAUGAUCAGGGCCGCGCAACCAAGACCGGCAUCUGUAGAGGAUGCCCCCGAUGAUGAUGGAAUACGGCACCCAACAGAGGCCGAAACUUAUCAAACUUUCCCAGCCCCUGUGUCCGAGCCAACAUCUCCCCCGGCGUCGGCGCCAGCUCCGGAGCAGGUCUCCCCUAUAGUACCUCCUGGCCCUCCCACACAAGAGCCAGGAAACUACUUCGCAGAUGAACCUAGUGUGCCUAGUAGCUUAGACCUACCGUCUACAACGAAUAUGCCACCUCCGGGUCCAGCUACUUACGAUUCGACUGGUUCGCCGUUAAUACCUCGUCCUAGUUCUCAUGACCCGGCUCUACCACCUUCGGAACCACCACAGGACUUCUACCGCGAUCGCGCGCCUGCGCCGCCUGCUGUCCCGCCGCCGCCGCAGCAUAUUCGCCACCCGGCACCUACAACUAGUCAUAACUUUUAUUCUCAACCUCCACAGCCAGCGCCAGUACCUGUGGUCCCGGCGCAACAAUACGGCGGCGGUGCACCUAAUUCAUCCAACGUAGACGACAUGGCGAUGGCGCAGGCGCAGAAACAUGCCAAGUGGGCGAUCUCGGCGUUGAAUUUCGAAGACGUGCCUACAGCUGUGCGGGAAUUGCAAGCUGCGCUAGCUAGUCUCGGUGCGCGGUAACGUCGCGAUAGCCUAUGAAAUGCUUACCGAGGUAGAUGGUUAAGAAGCUUUGGGACGAAAUAGUUGUGGUGUAUUUUAUAGCUGGAGUUAGAGGGUGAAAAGGGGCUUAUCAUUACUAAGAUAUCUCUAAGUGACCAAUAGAAUUUAGGCGUUUUGAAUCUCACAUAUCUCGCAGGUUAUAAGUCGCUUUAAUUGUGAAGGUUCGGGAGGCGAAGGCGCUCUAAGAUCCAUUAAUCAUUUUCGCACUUGUUUCUUAAUUAGAAUCUUAGGAAUAGGUCUACCUAUUUCUAUGCCAAGUAUCGGACUAAAAGCUGGAAGAUGCCAAAAAUCCGAAUCAAUUGGGAUUGAUAUUCAUCGGAUUUGGAAGAUUUAUAAAACUGGAAAGCCGAGAUCCACUUCAAGAAUACCGGUCUCCGGAUGUGUGGCGUCAGAUCGGUUCCGUCCUCAAAGGGACUAAAAUU